AUGACAUUCAGGGAUGUGGCCAUAGACUUCUCUCAGCAGGAGUGGGAAUAUCUUGACUCUCUUCAGAAGAACUUGUACCGGGAUGUGAUGAUGGAGAACUAUGAUAACUUGGUUUCAUUGGGACAUUCCAUUUCUAAGCCAGAUGUGAUUACAUUAUUGGAGCAAGGAAAAGAUCCCUGGAUGGUUGUGAGGGAAGACACAAGAAGAUGGUGUACAGAUUUGGAGUCAAGAUAUGAAAUAAUCAGCUGUGACAAAGUACACAUUUAUAAAAAACAUUCGUCUUUUACUCUACAUCAGAAAAUUCAUACUAGAGAGAAACCCUAUGAAUGUGACAAAUGUGGUAAGGCCUUUAGUCGACAUACAGACCUUACAGUACAUCAGAGAAUUCAUACUGGUGAGAAACCCUGUGAAUGUGAGCAAUGUGGAAAAUCCUUUAAUCGUGCAUCCAACCUUCUGCAACAUCAGAGAAUUCAUACUGGUGAAAAACCUUAUAAAUGUGAGGAAUGUGGAACGACAUUUAGUCGUAGGAUAGACCUUAGAGUUCAUCAGAGAAUUCAUACUGGUGAGAAACCCUAUGAAUGUGAAGAAUGUGGGAAGGCCUUUAGUCGUGCCUCACAACUUACUCAACAUGGGAGAGUUCAUACUGGUGAGAAAUCCUAUGUAUGUAAUGAAUGUGGGAAGGCCUUUAGUCAGGGUGGAAGACUUAGAAUACAUCAUAGAAUUCAUACUGGUGAGAAGCCCUAUGAAUGUAAGGAAUGUGGGAAGGCUUUUAGUCAAGCCUCUCAUCUUGUGCAACAUGACAGAAUUCAUACAGGUGAAAAACCCUAUGAAUGCCAUGAGUGUGGGAUGACCUUUAGCCGUGGUAUAGAUCUUAGAGUACAUCAUAGAAUUCAUACUGGGGAGAAACCCUACAAAUGUAAGGAAUGUGGGAAGGCCUUUAGUCGUGCCUCAAAUCUUGUUCAACAUGAGAGAAUUCAUACUGGGGAGAAGCCCUAUGAAUGUAAGGAAUGUGGGAUGACAUUUAGUCGUGGUUAUCAGCUCAUUCCACAUCAGAGAUUGCAUAUUGGCAUAAAACCCUACGAAUGUAAUGAAUGUGGGAAGGCCUUUAGUCAUGCUUCAUCACUUAUUCAACAUGAGAGAAUUCAUACUGGUGAGAAACCCUAUAAAUGUAAAGAAUGUGGGAAGGCCUUUAUCCAUGGUGGAAGCCUAAGAAUGCAUCACAGAAUUCAUACUGGUGAGAAACCCUAUGAAUGUAAAGAAUGUGGGAAGGCCUUUAAUCGCACCUCAAACCUUGUUAGGCAUGAGAGAAUUCAUACAGGUGAGAAACCAUAUGAAUGUAAGGAAUGUUGGAAGGCCUUUAGUCAUAUUGAAAGCCUUAGAGUGCAUCAUAGAAUUCAUACUGGUGAGAAACCCCAUGAAUGUAAAGAGUGUGGGAAGGCUUUUAGUAGCGGCCGUCAACUAAUUGUACAUCAUAGAUUUCAUACUGGUGAGAAGCCCUAUGAAUGUAAGGAAUGUGGGAAGGCUUUUAGUGUGUAUGGACGACUUACUCGACACCAGAGUAUUCACAGUGGUGAGAAGCCUUUUGAAUGUAACACAUGUGGGAAGUCUUUUAGGCUUAGUUCAAGUCUUAAAGUACAUCAGAGAAUUCAUACUGGAGAGAAGGCGUAUGAAUAUAAGGACUGUGGAAAGGCAUAUAUAUGCAGUAGAGAAUGCAUAGUACAUCAACUUUAUAACACUGAGAAACAGUGUGAAUGA